GAGGUGGAAGGUGCUGUAGAGGUAGCAGACCGAGAGAUGCAGCGCCACACUGAGCGUGUCCGCAGGGCUGCAACUCUCUGCUGUCUCAGGGGCCAGGAUGCAUUGUGGAGCUGUGCUGCAGCGAGUCGCUGCAAGAGCAGGCAGUGCAGAUAGGAGUUCACCUUGAGCCGGAUCCAGCAGUGCCACUCUGGACCUCUGGGAUUACAGCAAGCACUCACCGAUCCUACCAGCAAGAGCAACUGAUAUUUCUCAGCUUUGACAACCUGCCAAAACUAACUUUUGGAUUACUGGUUCACACCAGAAGCUCUGACUGAACAGGCUGACUACCAGCGAAGAAGCCUGAAUUCAAACAGGUUCUCAUUUUGGCAGAGACUUGCCAGCUGUCUCCAAACCUGACAGCAUCCUUCUCUAAGACUGGGACGUCCACCGUUCACACUGGAACCCCGCAAAGCCACAACCAAGCAGGUCCUGCAGCCCAGGAGUCCUGGAGCUGGCCUGACCUUGGACCGGCUGUCACCUGAACCCCUCCUGGCUCCAGCAGAAACAUCCAGCAUGUCUCAGACCGGGGGACGGUUCCACAACAAAAAGGCCGGCAUUCGGGCCGCCGUCAUCCUAAUUGGACUCCUGCACAAGUCUCGCAAGGCCAAGGAGAAGGAGAGGGAGAAGGAGGAGAGCGAAGGGAAACAGGAGCUGCUGAACAUCUCCAACGUUCCUCUGGGAGAAUGUCCGCCCUCGCCGCCCCGCACCGCCCCCCCCAGCAUGAAGUCUGCAGAGUUCUUCGACAUGCUGGAGAGGAUGCAGGUCCCGAAAGCUGAAGAGACCAAAAAGUGGAAGGACGACUACAUCCCCUAUCCACGGAUAGAAGAUGUCCUGGAGAAGGGUGGCCCGUACCCCCAGGUGAUCCUGCCUCAGUUUGGGGGUUACUGGAUUGAGGAUGUGGAGGCCCCAGCAGGAACCCCAUCCUCAUCAGAGUCCAGUUUCUGUGAGGAGGAGGAUGGAGGAGAGGGCAUGAGCCCUGGUGGGGGGCACAGCUAUCGCCUGGAGUGCAACAGCACGGCCCGAGCCUACCGCAAACACUUCCUCGGCAAGGAGCACAUGAACUACUACUGCACUGGCAGCAGCAUAGGCAACCUCAUCAUGUCCCUGAAACACGAGGAGGCUGAGGGACAGGAGUUCUUGCGCAUCAUGCUCAGGUCGAGGACCAAAACCGUUCACGACAGGAUCUCUUUAGCCGGCAUCAGCCAGCUGCCCAGCGUGCCUCAGAUCGCCAAGCUGUUGUGUGAUGAUGCCACAGGGCUGAAGUUCAACCCGGUCCUGUAUCCUCGGGGAUCUCAGUUGAUAGUGGCCUAUGACGAACACGAGGUCAACAACACGUUCAAAUUUGGCGUCAUCUACCAGAAGUUUGGACAGACGUCAGAGGAAGAGUUAUUUGGGAACAACGAGGAGACGCCUGCUUUCAAGGAGUUUCUCAGUAUCUUAGGAGACAACAUCGACCUCCAGGAUUUUAAAGGGUUCCGCGGAGGGCUGGACGUGUCCCAUGGACAGACCGGCUCUGAAUCCGUCUACACCGUCUUCAGGCAGAGAGAGAUUAUGUUCCAUGUGUCAACUAAGCUUCCCUUCACUGAGGGCGACUUUCAGCAGCUCCAAAGGAAGAGGCACAUAGGAAACGAUAUUGUGGCUGCAGUGUUCCAGGAAGAGGCCACGCCGUUUGUUCCUGACAUGAUCGCCUCCAACUUUCUGCAUGCCUAUGUGCUGGUGCAGGCGGAGAACCCGUGUACGGAGCACACCACAUACAAGGUUUCUGUUACAGCCAGAGAAGACGUGCCUCCUUUUGGACCCGCUCUGCCCAACCCAGCGGUCUUCAAGAAGGGGCCUGAGUUCCGAGACUUCCUGCUGACAAAGCUGAUCAAUGCUGAAAACGCCUGCUACAAAUCUGACAAAUUCGCCAAACUAGAGGGACGAACACGAGCCGCGCUGCUCGACAACCUCCUCGACGAGCUGCACCGGCAGAGCCAGGCCACGCUGGGCCUGGGCCAGGUGGGCGAGGAGGACAAGCUGGAGAACGGGGGACACGGGGGUCUGCUGGAGUCCUUCAAGAGAGCCAUGCGGGUCAGGAGCCACUCCAUGGAGACCAUGGUGGGGUCGCACCGCCACAGGAGCCCCGGGGUUGGAGGAGGGGUCCCAGCCAGCCUCAGCGGUGGAGGACUGCCGCAGAGCACCAGCGAAUGCACAAAGAGCACUUUCACUCCUCCUGCAUUGUCAGCCAAGUCUCCUCUGAAGAGCCCAGUGAAACGGAGGUCUGGACUCUUUCCACGUCUGCACUCCAGCACAGAAAGUCCAUCAGACAAACACUCACGCAGCGACCAGAAGCUGGCAGAGAUGUGCCCACUGUCACAUGAGGUGAGGUCGGAGACGUCUUCCAACCCCAGCUCGCCUGAGAUCUGCACCAACAAAGAGAGACCCUUCAUCAAGCUGAAGGAGUGCAGCAGCAGCAGCAGCAGGCCCAACAUCUCCCGUUCUUCAUCCAGCACCAGCAGCUUCAGCAGCACCACCGGAGAGACAGAAGCUCUGGAGGAACUGGACACAGCCAGCCAUCCAUCCAUAGCCUCUUCCUCUGCCUUCAGCCCUGCCCUCAGUGUCGACAGCCAGGGAUCCGGUACUCCUGUCAUCAUGUGUCGCAGUCCAACAGAUGGGAAAAAUAAGACAUCACCGAGGUCAAACUUGAAGUUCCGCUUUGACAAAAUGAGCCACUCAUCUACGACUUCCGAGUAGCUUUGUGGAGCAGAAAAAACAGACUUGCACAACAAAGGGACAGCGUAGGCUGACGGAGCUGCAACAAUAAAGAAGAACAGAAGAAACAAUCACAACAACCACAGAAUCACUGUAGAACCACUUCCUAA